GUUUUAUGACGUGACUUAACCAUCGAGGCGCGCUGUUCAAAACCUCGAGGAUGACACAGUUCUUACCACCUAAUUUGUUGGCGCUUUUCGCACCACGAGAUCCAAUCCCUUUCCUCCCACCAAUAGAGAAACAUGCAAAUCAUAGGAAAUUACCAUAUACCGGUGUAGCUCAAUUCUUGGGAGAGUUUGAAGAUGCGUCUGAAACUCCAGCCCCGGUGCGCAUAGAAACUCGUGAGGAACGUAAGGAAAGAAAACGUCGAGAGAAACAAGAGCAAGCCAAUUAUAAACUUGAACAAGAUCUCGCAUUAUGGAAUCCUAAGAAAAAUCCGAAGGCUACUUCUAAUCCUUACAACACGAUGUUCGUAGCCAGACUUAACUAUGACACCACAGAAUCCAAACUAAAGCGGGAACUUGAUGUCUUCGGGAGGAUUAACAACAUUGUAAUGGUAAAGAAUGUUAUAACGGGGAAGCCUCGUGGAUAUUGUUUUGUGGAGUUUGAACAUGAACGUGAUAUGCAUGGCAUCUAUUCGUAAACGUGCAGUUGUGUUCACCCUCAAAAUAUUUUGAAUGGCCUGCACUGCAUUUUAAAAUCAUGGUUUUCAGCCAAGCGCUUAACUACAGAAAAUCUGGCUUAGGUUUGUUUGUGUGGUAAGCUACUAAUUAAUGGUCAGCCACAUUUGUUGCUACCAUAGGGCAGACCUUUUCUGGUUAACUGAUAUAUUAGUCCCAGUUCUUGAACGAAAUAGAGUUUUGUAAAUACACCUUUGUUUGAAGCUCUUUGUCGUUCUACGUAGCUGUGCAUAGAAGGAAGGAUACUCUUGGUGAGUUUCUAAGUUAGUGCAAGCCGCUCAUCUGGUAAUAACUACUUCCGAAAAAGGAUCAAAUAAAGGGAAAUGGUUCAAUAUGUUUGCUUACAAAUUAUUGUGUUGUAUUCUAAUUGUUCAUGAAACGUCCCAAAUAUUUAAGUGAUUUCUUUUGUACUAAUAAUGAGAUUUCAUGUGUAACCUGUUUUGUGUGCUUGUAUUGUCAUGUACAAUCCUUUUAACAUUCAAGCCGCCGUCAAAGCCCUAAAUGGCAGAAAAAUCGAUGGUGUCCGCGUUGUGACAGACGUUGAGCGGGGAAGGACUCGUCCUGAUUGGAGGCCUAGGCGUUUAGGCAAGGGCUUAGGUAAGAAUCGCCAAGGACCAACUGACAAGCCUCAUCGCAGACAUGAAAAUGGACGUGAUCCCAGUCAUGAUCGCAGUUUCGGUCGACCUAUCUCAAGUGCACAUGUUCGUGAUCGCGACAAAGAAUACAGACGAAGGCGCAGUCGAUCUCGGAGUAAAUCAAAAGAACGUGAUCGACGCGGUCGUAGCCGGAGUCGAGACCGACAUCGAAAACGCCGGAGUCCAGACGAGCGGGAUCGUGAUCAUAAGCGCCGUGACCGCCGUCGAGAUGAUAUGAUUCGGCAGUAUGGAGAGUAUGGUGCUGAAAUUAGGGCGGAAUACAAUGGAGAUGCAUAAAACGCCUUUUCGAGUCAUCCUGUAUUAAUACAAAAUUCACUUGUGUGCAAAAAAUUAUAUAUUUUAAGAAAGCUGUACAUUAAAAAUGAAUGUCAAUAAACUUGUUGAAAAUAUUAA